CGACACUGCAAAAGAGAGAAAAAAUAUUGUCUAGAGAAAAAGGCUUGAAUAAAUUUACGUUUAAAGUCAAGUGACACCUUAGUAUUGUAUGCAACUUUGAAAUAAACAUUUUAUUUAUUAAGCUGACACACUAUAUCCUCAGCCUGUUUCUCCAAAAUAGCGCAUCAGCAUGCUUGUAUUACUGUUAUUCCAACUGCAGAUGUGCUAAAAAUAACAACAGACACAAACUAAGGCAGGAUAAGCAAACAUAUUAAGCUCUGCUGAACAUUCUUUGGAAGUUUUAUUUUUCUCUCUGAAUGUGGCCUAUGGAUGAGAGUGCAAGGGAAAAAAAUACACACACAGCAAAAAAAAAAAAAGAAAAGAGAAAAAAUGCUGAUAGAAUGAGUGGUCAGUGCUGUGAGAGAUAAACACAGGGCAGUGCACAGGAAGUGUUAUUAAAGUUAAUUAUCAGUUUACAGCGUGUUGCAUACAUGCAGGAUGUUACACUCUAAAAAGUGAAAUCAAUUAACAACAGUUCUGUAAUUUGUUACUCUUAAAAUUACUAUUUUGCAUUUACUCAACUCAAAAAUUUGAUUAAGUAAAAACAAAUAUGUUUAAAUGUAACAAAUUACAAAGCUUUUUGUUAAUUGAUCCAGCGUUUCAAGGUACUGCAUGUUGUGUUCAGUCUAUCAGAUAUUGAGACAUUUCUAAAUCAAUAAACAACGAAAACUCAUAGAAGGUAGUUGAACUUUUUCCUUUAUUUUGUCUUUUUUUUAAAUGACACAAAAAUAUGUUUUUAUGGGAACUUUUGCAAGAGUAGACCGUUCCAUUGGGGAUUUUAAACCACUUGGAAGGUGCUUAGUACUCCUAAAUCACAAGUAAAAACUAAAUAAUAGUAAAAAAAAAAAAAUAAAUAACUUUCAAAAUUGCAUUUUUUCUGAAAUCCAUUUGCUUUUACAAAAUGCAAUUGAAAAAUAUCAAAACAGAUAUGUGUCUGUUGAAUGCAAAUUAGUAUUGUCAUUUUGCAUAAAUCUUUUAGCUCUUUGUAAUACACGGACUCAUGUGAAGGAGUAAUUACGCACAAAGAUUGCAACCAUGUGGGUGGUGGACUGGGACUGUCCAGCAAGCCCUGGACAGAGGGCGUGAUCACUUUUCUAAUUCAGAUCCACGCAGACACACACACACAAACUGAAUCUCCUGACAAGCUUUUCCAUGGCCUCAGUCAUUUGGUGCACGCGCUUUGCAGUUCUUCCUCUGCUACUUCACAUCCUGACUGUAUCUUUUGCCACACGAGAUGACCUUGUAAUCAACACCACACAUGGGAAAGUUCAGGGGAAGUUGAUAUCAGUGCUGGGAGGUGAAGUAAGAGCAUUUCUCGGAAUUCCUUAUGGGAAACCUCCCAUUGGGAAACUGAGAUUCAGAGCUCCAGAGCCAGCAGAGAAGUGGGUGACUGUGAAAGAUGCUACCAAAUUCCCAAAUUCCUGCCACCAGAUUCCCGAUGAAACCUUUCCAGGGUUUCAAGGUGCAGAGAUGUGGAACCCAAACACCCCUCUGAGUGAAGACUGUCUGUAUCUUAAUGUCUGGACCCCAGUUGUGAACAAAACCCAGCCCUUAGCACUUGCUCCUGUGCUUGUUUGGAUACAUGGUGGUGGUUUUGUCACAGGGACAUCCACCAUUGACGUUUACCACGGUCAUAUUUUAAGCAAAUCUGAGGGUGUUGUAAUAGUGUCAAUGAAUUAUAGACUGGGAGUCUUUGGUUUCCUGUCCCUUCCUGACAACAAAAACAUUCGAGGGAAUGCAGGUUUGCUGGACCAGCGCUUGGCCCUUAAAUGGGUUUCCAGUAACAUUGCUGCGUUUGGAGGGGAUCCUUCGAAGGUAACUCUGUUUGGGGAGAGUGCCGGGGCAGCGUCUGUUGGCUUCCACCUGCUUUCUCCAGGCAGCCAUGGCUUUUUUCAGAGGGCUGUGAUGCAGAGCGGCAGUCCAAAUGCACCCUGGGCCUCAGUCAGCCAGAAGGUGGCAUGGGACAGGUCCAUGAGGCUGUCCGAAGCUCUGGGAUGUACCAAGUCUAAACGAGGUCCUCUUGAAACAUGUCUGGAGCUGGUUAAGGCCAAAGUUAUCACAGAAAUGCAAUAUAAUAUCACAACGUCACCACUCCUGGACUUUCCAUUUGUCCCUACUGUUGAUGGUGUCUUCCUCACAGAUGAAGUGGAGAAACUGCUCAAUAGCAAUAAUCUCCCAAAGAAGGACUUGAUGAUUGGCUUCAACAAAGACGAAGGGACGUGCUUUCUUGUUUAUGGAUCACCUGGUUUUUCCAUCACUGGUCAGAGCCUCAUCUCAAGAAAGGACUUCCUUGCUGGUGUUGAUUUAACAGUAGCCAAUGCACAUAGCAUCAUAAAGGAAGCAGUCAUCUCUGAAUACACUGACUGGACCGAUUGGGAAAGCCGGAUGAAAAAUCGAGACUCCCUGGGUGAACUGUUUGGAGAUCAUACGAUCGUAUGUCCUUUAGUGGACUUUGCUAACAAGUACUCUCUAAAAGGUGGUAAGACUUUCUUUUAUUUUUUUGACCACCGUUCAUCUCUGAUGUCCUGGCCUGAAUGGAUGGGAGUGGCUCAUGGCUACGAGAUAGAGUUUGUUUUUGGAAUGCCCCUAAACACAUCUCUUGGAUACACAAAGAAUGAAGUCAACAUGACAAAAAAAUUCAUGAAACACUGGACCAACUUUGCUCGCACUGGACAACCAGGGAUUGAUGGCGACACCUGGCCGUUGUUUACUUCUCAACAGGAGUAUGUGACGCUGAACUACAACCAUCGAGAAAAAAAGAUGAUGGUCAAACCCAGACAGUGCCAGCUUUGGAACAGUAUUCUUCCUAAAAUACAACGUAUUGCAGAUGAGCUGGAGUCUUGUGCUGGAAGUGGGACUAUUCUUCACUGUAACCUUUUUUUACUUCUCAUUUUAGUGGUUAGAAGCAUAAUGUGUUGAAUGGUGGAAUCUUCUUUAAGUAACGGGGGCCUCUUUUGUGAACAAGCCUGACAAAAUUUUGUGAACUUAUUGGAAUUUAAAACAGAACAAAACAAUAAAUAAAUAAAUAAAUAAAUCUUUCAGUGGUAUAAAACUACAAGAAAAAGGCUGCAACUCAUCUUAAGAGUUAAAAAAAUAAAAAGAGACAACUACUAUUCCAACCACAUCUCCACCCAGAAUACUGGAAUACUACCAUUUAUUUGCCUAUCAAGUGCUUUACAGCCUUCUGAAAGUAAUGUAUAAAUGUAUUUUUUGCAACAUAGCAGGUAAAACCACUUUUUUUAAGCAAACUGUUUUUUAAGAUUUAGGUUCAUAUCAAGCUCAGGUAUGCAAAAAGCAAAAACAGCACAAAGAUGAUCAAAUCAGCAUCUAGCGCAGGAAGAAGAAAAUGAUGUAGCAGAAAUAGAAAUAACUGCAGAAGUUUGUUAGAAAGCAGGUGUGUCUUCUACACUGUCAAAAUUAAGGUUAAAAAAUAAGGUCCAUCAUCAGUGGGUUCACCGAGGGUAGUGUUGGUUGGCUUCAUGCAAAAAUUCAAUCACACACCAUAUGAAAUAGACAUGGAAAACAAAGGAUUAGCAAAGGUGUUGACUGGAGAGACCCUGGUAUGGAACUAAACAUUGUUAUGCGUGUAAUGAAAAUAUUUAGACAUUAUAUAUAAUGUAACGCUAUAGCAAUAACUACAUUUGUUACUGAUACAUUUAAAUAAAAAUAUUCUUACAAUAA